AUGAAUGGUCAGCAGAUAUCUAACAACCAGUCGACAAUUAUUCACCACAUCGAAAGCCUCGGCCUCCAAACCUUUGGCAAGGAAAGGACAGACCCAACUGCACAAGUCAGACGCCCGGUCUUCAAACAUGAGGCUCUCGUCAAACUGUACAAAACUGAACUACCCGUCCUCUUCGGUCUAUUACUACGCGACGACGGAGUCACUCUUAGCCGGAAAGACCCUAAUCUCUUUGACAAUGAAUUGGAUGAGUUAUUGCUUGGGUAUGGCCCUCAGGUCUGGCCUAAGCCUGGUCAUGGGAGCAGAGAGCAUCUCCGUGAAGCAAAAGAAGGCACCAGAUACUCUUUUGACGUAGAGUACCCAAGAGACAAGACUUAUAUAAAAGAGUAUCUGCGGAAGAUUAUCCUGGGCAAACGACCUACUUUUGGCGCUGAACACUACAUCAACAAAAAUGGUGUAUAUGGGAAAUUUUGGAAUCCAGAGGACAUGAGUGCGGAAGGCGUCACUACAAGAAGAGGGGCAGCAUAUGACGAGACAAGUGAAUCAGACACGACGAAACUUCCAUCGCGAAAGAGAAAAACAUGCGACACGACUGUCAGCCCGGUCGAAGGUACCUUUAACGAACCUUCAGAAUCCGAAGACUCUGUCCUGGGAACAAAGACACGCCGCCAGGCUCGCAAGGAACACGCACAUUCCCCAAAGACUCAUUUUGGAACAGAGCUACGACUAUACUGCAGGAAGGGGCAACUAACAACAACUACCCCGGGCCCCACUUGGUUUCGCGGAUCCUUAAUGCUCACAGAGGAUAUCAGUACUUGCGAAGCCUGCUUCAAUCGUAUCUGCGAAGAAGCCCAGACCGAGUAUAACUUCAUGGUCUUCCAGCUCCCCGAAGACAUGUCCAUGCAGGACCCAAUGCGCAUCGACCGGGGAUCUAGCGUGUCUGAGACGGCCUUUCAGCACGUUCGCGGUAUCCUUCAGAGAGCAAGGAGGUUCCCCGGAGGUCCCCCACAUCGAUCUGUCGAAGUCGAGAUUGGCUAUGAUGCCGAUCAGAAUCGUGAACCUGCUGAGGAGGAUCGCCCACCUAGUCCGUUCAUUCAUGCUUGA